AUGAAGCUUUUUCUCGUAUUAGGAUUAUGCCUGGGGGUAGGGGCCAUCCCCAGGGGGUUAUUCUACCCCUAUGGCCCAAGCUCAAAUGAUACAGCUCUAGAGCAAUCAGAUGACACUAGUUCCAAUGAAAUACACUUAGAAACUGAAAUUGUAUUCUUCGACGAUGUUCAUUCCAGUAUUUUUGUAAACCUCAAUGGACAUUUAUCAUUUGAGACUGAGCUACCUGGGUAUAAUGCCGACUUCCAGUUUCCUAUGCCUUAUAAGGUCAUCGCAGGGUUCCUAUCCGAUAUUGAUACCACACUCUCAGGGGAUGUAUAUUUCAGGGAAGAAACUGAUGACAGAUCCGCACUUAGACGAGCUUCAGAAGAAGUUGGCAAACAUUUUCCAAGUUUUUCAGAGUUCACUGCAUCUUCAUUGUUUAUCGCUACUUGGGAAGAUGUUGGACGUUAUAACCAGAACUUUGAAGAGAUUAAUACAUUCCAAAUCAUAAUCGCAACAGACGGUACAAACUCAUUUGCGACAUUUAUAUACCCCGAGGAUGGUAUCUCCUGGCUGAAGGGGGAUGGUAAGGCUUUGCCCAUUGAGGACCCACCCGCACAGGCAGGGUUUGAUAGUGGGGACGGUAGGACGUACACUCUCCCUGGGUCAGGCACUGACCAAGUGAUUAAUUAUGUAAAGUGGACCAAUGUGAAUGUUCCAGGAGUUUGGAUGUUCCAGAUCGGAGACACAUUUGGAGGAAAUAUUGGCCAACCAGAGGAAACUGAUGGUAAGUAG